CAUAGGAAAUCGCUCACGUGCGCGUCCUGCCCUACGGUGCAUUUUAAAAAGAAAAGCACAUCUGCUCUAGGUUUUACUAGUUUUAACUUAUAAACUACUCAUAUACUUUUGUCAAAAUGAGCUCACAGAUCACGUGCGUCGGGUGGGUGAAACGUGGCGUUGCCAAGGAAACACCAGACAAGGUUGAGUUGAGCCAAGAGGAGCUUCAUCGYAUCAUUACUGAGGCGAAAGAAGAGUUGGGAGAAGUGGCUGAUGAGGAUGGGGAAGAUGAUGAUGAGGGUGUGCAUCUUGAGCAGAAUCCCAGCAGCGAGUCRGCUGAUGUUGACUCUAAUCCGAGGGAUGAGAAUGACGGAGAGGAGGAGGAUGAACUAGCCGAGUACGGCCUGGAUAAAUAUGAUGAAGAAGACACAGUGGCCAGUAAUCUUGGUGACAGUCUGGCCGGGCUCACAGUGUUCAGCUCGAAUGAGGAGGAUCCCUACAUCACCAUUAAAGACACAGAUCAAUAUGAGCGAGACGACUUCCAACUCAAACCCACUGACAACUUCAUCCUGGCAGGAAAAACAGAAAAGGAUUGCUGCAGUUUAGAAGUUUAUGUUUACAACUCUGAUGAAGACUCUCUGUAUGUUCAUCACGACAUUCUGCUGCCAGCUUAUCCGCUGUGUGUGGAGUGGUUGAACUUUGACCCCAACCCUGAGGAAGGAGCAGCUAACUACGUCGCGGUGGGCAACAUGACCCCUCAGAUCGAUGUGUGGGAUCUGGACGUGGUGGACUGUUUAGAGCCGGUCUUCUCCCUGGGGAGCAAAAAGGCCUCCAAGAAGAAAAAGAAGAGCAAGAAGGCUGCAGCUGCAGAACCYGAAGAGGGACACACGGACGCAGUGCUGGAUUUAUCCUGGAACAAGCUGGUCAGGAACGUGUUAGCCAGUGGAUCAGCAGAUGACACGGUCAUCUUGUGGGAUCUGUCUCAAUGCAAACCAGCUACAACUCUGCGCAGGCAUACAGAUAAGGUUCAGACACUAGCGUUCCAUCCUUUUGAGGCACAGACUUUAAUAUCAGGGUCUUAUGACAAGACAGUCGUGCUUUACGACUGCCGUAGUCCAGACACCAGCUACCGGACCUGGAGGUUUAGCGGUCAAGUGGAGCGUGUAGUCUGGAACCACUUUUCACCCUGCAACUUCCUGGCCAGCACAGAAGAUGGUUUUGUCUAUUGUCUUGAUGCCCGAUCUGAUAAGCCGGUGUUCACACUGAGAGCACACGAUGAAGAAGUGUCAGGUUUGGACCUCAGCAGCCAGGUUAAAGGAUGCCUCGUCACCUCAUCAGCUGACAAACACGUUAAGAUUUGGGACAUUUUAGGCAACAAACCCAACCUGGUGCACUCUCGAGAUAUGAAAAUGGGGGUGCUGUUUUGUGCUUCAUGUUGCCCUGACCUGCCCUUUGUCUACGCCUUCGGAGGACAGAAAGAUGGCUUGAGAGUUUGGGAUAUAAGUGACGUUGCAGCAGUGACGGAGGUGUUUGGGAGUCGAGAGYGUUUGGUAGCGACUACAGGAUCACAGGCCUCCAGCAGUGCAGCCUCAGCAGACAUGGAAGUCUCCUAGUGAUGCUCCGGAUGCAACAGCAGCUUGUAAAUCCAAACAAACUGAGCUACUGUGGAAACUCCUUCAGUUUCCUGGUUCUGUCUCUGUGGGUCACAAGAAGAGGACAUGAAUAAAUCAAACCUCACUUAAUAYGUAGAAACUCUGACCAACGGCUUUAAAAUGGAUCUAAAGAGAUGGUUAACAAAUAAAACUCUGGACAUUCAAGGUGUGGGGGAAAAAAAAGAAAAUGUUUCUUUUAACAUUCACAUUUGUGAAUUAGUGWAUGGUUUUUCAGGAAGAAGUGCAAGUGUAAAUAGUUUAUUUUCAUUUGACAAAUAUAAAAUUAACCACAUUAAAUCAGAAUUUAUUACUGUUGUAAUAUUUCUAAUAGUAAAAGGAAAAUAAAACUCAUAAUUAUGGCAAUCUAGACACUCUGUAGACAAGCAUUGUCUCUGUCUCAAACCUAUACAUGAUCUGAAGUGCUCCCAUUAAACUGCUCUAAAUUAAAAUGAUUGUGUUUUAAUGUAAACAAA